UCUGGAUGUGUGAGUCCUCCCUGGGGCAAGCACCCCCCCUCCCUUGGUUCUGGAGGGCAUGAGCUCAUCUCGAGCUUUAGCUCUGCUGCCGCCAAUCAGAGAGCUCCUCUCCUCUUGCCUACCCUGCAGGUAGUCACGUGGCCUCAUAAACCAAAGACCACUCAAGGACUCUGCUCCCUCACAGAGGCCUGCCCUGAGGUGGAGCAGCUCAGCCAUGAACAGCAUCACCUUGGCAGUGAAUCUGAUUGGCUGCCUCGCAUGGCUGAUUGGAGGCGGUGGAGCUGUUAAUUUUGGACUGGCAAUUCUCUGGCUCAUUCUCUUUACACCCUGCUCCUAUGUCUGCUGGUUUAGACCUAUUUACAAAGCCUUCAAGACAGACAGUUCUUUCAGCUUCAUGGCGUUCUUCUUCACCUUCAUGGCCCAGCUGGUGAUCAGCAUUAUCCAGGCAGUGGGGAUCCCUGGCUGGGGAGUCUGUGGCUGGAUCGCAACAAUAUCCUUCUUUGGGACCAACGUGGGUGCAGCUGUAGUGAUGCUUAUCCCCACCAUCAUGUUUACAGUCGUGGCAGUCUUCUCCUUCAUCGCCCUCAGUAUGGUGCAUAAAUUUUACCGGGGCAGCGGAGGGAGUUUCAGCAAAGCACAGGAGGAGUGGACUACAGGAGCGUGGAAGAAUCCACAAGUACAACAGGCAGCGCACAACGCGGCAGUCGGUGCUGCACAGGGAGCCGUGCUGCAGCACGAAACACAGUAUUCUGCCACCCCUAACUACACCUAUUCCAAUGAGAUGUGAACAGAAGACUCUGUCCUGAGGUGGGAGGUUGGGGAUGGUGAGGGAGAAUACUGCUGAGCCAGGUCUGUGUAACCAUUUCAGCAAGGGGAGUGUAAGAUACUUGAUUUUUCCCUCUACUCUAGAACAGGGUCUUUUUUGGUUUUUUUCUGUUUCUUUUUUUUUUUUUUCUCAUUUU